ACCCUCCAAUCAGCGUUCAACAUCGCAAGGUUCGCGUCGCCCACGGUGCUCAGUUGAAUUCCUUUGCCGUCCAUUAAAACAGCCGACUUGGAAAAUAUAAUAUCAAAGUGUGUUCAGCGCAGCCACAAGCCCUUGUGUUUAAUUCUCGCCAGGGAUGAUAUAUUCAUGCAGCGAGGGCGCUGGGAAACUCUCUCCGCAUGUGUAAGGCACGCAUCUACGACCCUGUCGUGGCUCGCCGCAUCGCCUGGCAGAACGGAACAAUCGCUGGAUAAUUCUCCUCGUGACUUCAGUUGAGCUGAUUUCAUCUCUGAAACACAGAGGAACUCGGAUGAGGGUUGUGUCAUGAGUCCGGCAGGGUGCUCCCAUGUGAACGCGUUCAAAGUGGACAACUGGAAGCAGAAUCUGCGGGUUAUAUACCAGUGCUUUGUGUGGAGCGGCUCUGCCGAAACCAGGAAACGCAAGGCGAAGUCAUGUAUAUGUCACCUGUGUGGAGCUCAUUUGAAUCGACUUCACUCCUGUCUCCACUGUGUGUUCUUCGGCUGCUUCAGCAAGAAACACAUCCACGAGCACGCCAAGAGCAAGAGACACAACCUAGCUAUAGACCUUUUGUACGGUGGAAUAUACUGCUUUGUGUGCCAAGACUACAUAUACGACAAAGACAUGGAGCAGAUUGCCAAAGAAGAACAAAGAAAAGCAUGGAAAUUGCAAGGGAUUGGGGAGAAAUAUUCGAUGUGGGAGCCUACGAAACGAGAGCUGGAGCUGCUGCGACACAACCCCAAACGAAGGAAGAUUACAGCCAACUGCACCAUAGGACUGAGGGGUUUGAUAAACCUUGGGAACACAUGCUUUAUGAACUGCAUCGUUCAGGCGCUCACACACACUCCACUGCUGAGGGACUUCUUCCUGUCCGACAGACACAAGUGUGAGAUGCAGUCCAACUCCUGCCUGGUGUGUGAAAUGUCUCAGCUCUUUCAGGAGUUCUACUCGGGUCACCGCUCUCCUCACAUUCCCUUCCGGCUGCUGCACCUGGUCUGGACUCACGCACGACAUCUCGCCGGCUACGAGCAGCAGGACGCUCACGAGUUCCUCAUCGCUGCUCUUGAUGUGCUGCACAGACACUGCAAAGGAGAUGACAAUGGGAAAAAAGCCAACAAUCCAAACCACUGCAGCUGCAUCAUUGACCAAAUCUUCACAGGAGGACUGCAGUCUGACGUCACCUGCCAAGUCUGCCAUGGGGUUUCCACAACAAUAGACCCGUUCUGGGACAUCAGCCUGGAUCUGCCGGGGUCCUCCACCCCGUUCUGGCCGCUCAGCCCGGGCAGCGACGGCAGUGUGGUGAACGGAGACGGUCACCCGAGCGGAGCCACCACGCUCACAGACUGCUUACGCAGGUUCACUCGACCCGAACACUUAGGAAGCAGCGCCAAGAUCAAAUGCAGCGGGUGCCAUAGUUACCAGGAGUCCACCAAGCAGCUGACAAUGAAGAGACUUCCUAUCGUGGCGUGUUUCCACCUCAAACGGUUCGAGCAUUCGGCGAAGCUCCGGCGGAAGAUCACCACCUAUGUGUCCUUCCCUCUGGAGCUGGACAUGACGCCCUUCAUGGCCUCCAGUAAAGAGAGCCGGAUGAACGGACAGUACCUGCAGCCCGUAGACUCCCUAAACAAUGACAACAAGUAUUCUCUGUUCGCGGUGGUCAAUCAUCAGGGCACGCUGGAGAGCGGUCACUACACCACGUUCAUCCGCCAGCACAAGGACCAGUGGUUUAAGUGUGACGAUGCCAUCAUCACUAAAGCCAGCAUCAAAGAUGUCCUGGACAGCGAGGGGUACUUGUUGUUUUAUCAUAAACAGUUCCUUGAAUAUGAAUAAUGGCGAUGCAGGAGCGUCCGAGUCCAAGCUGUGAAGAGAGGAUCAUAUCCAGCCUCACGAGAGCUGCCAUCAACACAAACAGAGCCUUUCUCACUGAAGAAAAGCAAAAGAACAACAGCCAAUUAAAAAAA